GCCUCGCGAAGAUGGUUCCUGACAGUCUGGUCCAUAUCCUCCUCAAGGCAGGGAUUCGACCUGCAGUCUCUGCAGCUGUGGCAUUGGGAUGACGCAUCUAUGUGUCACGAUGUCAACGCCAAAUAAUGCAUCCCUUGUUCUCAUCGGGCGUCACGGGGCCGGGAAAACAGCAGUUAUUGAAUCCCUUUUAGGAAAGAGAUUGAAAGUAUCUACGCCUGCGGGGGAUAUCGGCAACACAUACAAGAUAACAACUCCCGGCAUGGCACUGAAGGUUAUUGAAACACCUGGGUUCUUCGCUGCAGUGGACAUAAAUACUUGUAAGUCCAAGCUAGUUGGCACUAUCCGUACAUCUACACCGAGUACCGAUGCCUUUGGGAUGGUAAUUCAAAUAGGACGAUUUACAACGGAAAAGGGGAAAAUGAUUGACUUGUUUCAAGAAAUAUUUGGUGAGGGUGUGUUCCGAUUUACUAUUGUCAUCUUUACAAAGUUGGACGAACUCACCUACGAUGAUAUGACUUUGGAUGAGUUCCUUCAAGACAGUACGCCAGAACUUCAGAGGUUUUUAACGGCAUGUGGUGGGCGGUAUAUUGGCUUUGACAACACGGGAGACUGGGAGACCAGGGCGAAGUAUGGAGAGAGACUUGUAUCCAUGUUGAAGGAUCUCCAGAUGCAGAACAGCAACAUGGUCUACACCGUGGCCAUGCUUGAUGAGGCCACUGGGUGUCAGCAGAAGAAAGAGGAAGAAGAGAAGAGAAAACAGGAGGACGAGUAUAGGAGAGAGAAAGAAGAAAUGAAGAAACGGAUGCGUCAAGGGAUGAGACGAGAGUUUGAUGCAGAGUUGCAAAGAGAGACUGUGACGACAUCACAGAAGUACCAAGCCUUUGGACAAGAUACGAAAUACAAACCAACACAUGGUCAAGGUUUUCAACAGAUUGUUCUAAGACGCGCCAAACCGACACAAGUCAGAACUCCACCACACGGAGAGCAGCGUCCAAGUGAAAGAUCAUCGGACAACACAUAUUCAAACGUGAAGAAGACAGGCAACGCAUCAUACAAAACGACUCAAGCAGAACGUGUCCCUCCUAAGAUAAAACCCAAACAUAGGAACAUCCAAGCUGUCCUUCCAAAGGAUAAAAUUGAUGACGGGAGGACCCCAAAGGGCAGGGUCGCGGACACUGUGCAGUCAAGCCAACCAAAAAGAAGAAGUUUAUUUGAACUCAUUUCCUUUUUCGAGUCUCAGAAAAAUUGAGACAACUCUUCGUUUUAGUGUUGAUAUAAAUGGCAUGUGACACAAAUAAGUUGUUCUAAAUGUCUUUUCUGUCAGCAUAUCACAGUUACAUACAUAAAUUAACCGUUGCUAAUGAAUGAUAUAUCAUGUCACAUAAAGAGCGUAUCUUAUAUUGUUAUAGUGGACGUAAUAAGUACUCGGUCGCCACUACCUUACACUCACGGAACGUGUAUUGAAAACAAUACUGAAUAUUACCGGGGGUUUCAAAACAAUGCUUGGGGUUUCAAUAUAGAGACUUCGCUUUUAGUUGAUAGAGACGCAGCGCACAGUAGAAUGGCAUCAAAAGAAAGUAAAAUCUUACAUUGAAACUUAAUGGUCCUAACAAGUUUUAAGUCUUUUUCGGAAACGAUAAGGGCCCAACAUACGAUGGGCCAAAAUUCAAACAAAGAUUUGUUAAUGUUAGACGAAAGUUUCAUAAAGGGACACGAAAAUAUGUGUUAUACAUACUGACCUUUUUCUCACAGGGGUCACUGUGUUACUUUCAAAAGUUGGAGAGGAAGUAUUCCGGCAUGAAUCAUGGUUGGUUCAAUUUGACCACGGCAGUUUCCCACGAACAUGGUUAUGCCGAUAUAUAUGGAAGUGUCGUUACCGUUUACGUGUGAUACAGUCUAGUACAUCGAUACACUGGAUCACCUCCCUCUGCCACCAGACCGGUACACCGUAACAUUUAAAUUUAAACAAAUCAAUUUUGUUGAUUAUGCAUAAACAUUUGUUUCGUUCGGUAUAUAGGUUCUGUCAAUUAAAUGUCCCUAUUAAAGAUGUAAAGGAGUUUGAAAGGGAAAGACUUGUUGACAUGAGAGUUACGUUUUGGCCCUAAUACGAAUCGAAACGGCAACAGAUUAUCCUUACCUGGUUUGAUGUGCACGCAGUCUGAACGAUCACUGCAUCGAGUUUAUGUGCAGUGUGUUGAGAGGAUCGGCAACCCCGCAGAGUCAUGGUUAGGAAGAAGACGGCUGGCCUGACUAGUACCACUGAGGACCAGUAACUUCCCACUCAAAACCAUCAAUGUGUGAUUUUGCAUCAAAAUGUAAAUAUGAAAUGUAGAUUAUGCAAUGAAUUUAAUGAGACUGUCCAACACAUUGUCAGUGGAUGCCCAGCUUUGACAGAAACACAGUAUCUUAAGCGACAUGAUGGCGUGGCUCGAUCCUGUUAUUACCGUCUUCGCCAUGCUUUUGAUUUUGACACAGAAGUCCAUCCAUGAUACGACCCAGAGGGCGUCAUGGGAAAUGAUAAAUAAAAAAUUCUUUGGAAUAGACCUGUAUACAGCCUCAGACCAGAGACCAAAAAGUAAAGGGGCGACCCUCUAGCUUAUGCCCGAAACCAUCGGCGUUUGGGGUUGUACUGCGCAGCUAUUCGAAAGCCAGCAGAAACGCGUUCACUGCAGUCAUCGUUGUCGCCUUUCGUUCCAUGCAAGUGAUAUAUUUCAAAAUUUAUAUUUACGCUCAUGUAUUUCUUAAUAUUGUCAACACUGCAAUUGAGAUUUGGUGGUGCCCUAAAGCAUAUAAACAUGCGAUCCCCUGAUCUGUAAAGAUUUGUAUUAAUGUUUUGUAAAUAUAAAUUAAGAGAUAUGAUUUUGGCCUAAACAGAAUCACGAUAAUGUAAAUAUGAUUAAGGUACUACUGACUAUGUGUAAACAACAAUGAAAUCAUCAUACAAACAUAAAAAUCCAUUAUAUGAUAUAUUUGUAUGCCAAGACAAAAGGUUUAUAUCGGCAGUCGUCGGAAGGGUAACUCGGAAGUUCGAGACAACGCAACAAGAAGGUGUCUUUUAAUAAAAUAUACAGAUGGUCUAUUGUCCUUUUCUGUAAUAAAUACAUGAAUAUA